UUUUCCUCUCUAAUGCGAUUUACAACACAACUGUCUCUUCUCGUGUUCCCACCAUCCCACAUAUAUAAAACCUUUGUUUUCUUUUUCUCUCUCUCUAUCUCCCAAAGAAAAAUCAAUCUUUUUCUGUGUAAUCAAGGGGCAACUAUAGUUUCUUCUUUCUAGAACUUGCUUUAGAUUCGAUCAAGUCACAAAUUGUUCUUCGAUUUGAAUGGAAGGUACUCAUCAUCUCCAUCACCAUCACCAAGGGCAUCAACAACAACAGCAACAAAGGGUUCUUCCUCAGAAUAUGAACGUGGAUGUGACCGAUAGAUUUCCUCAAUGGAGCAUCCAAGAAACAAAGGAGUUUCUGGUGAUCCGUGAAGAGCUGGAUCAGACUUUCAUGGAGACUAAGAGGAACAAGCAGUUGUGGGAAGUGAUAUCUAACCGAAUGAAGGAAAAGGGUUACCAUAGAAGUGCAGAGCAGUGCAAGUGCAAGUGGAAAAACCUUGUUACCCGCUAUAAGGGAUUUGAAACAAUGGAGCAAGAAGCGACGAGACAGCAAUUCCCGUUUUACAAUGAAUUCAAUGCGAUUUUCACAGCAAGGAUGCAGAGAAUGCUGUGGGCAGAAGCUGAGGGUGGAUCAAAGAAGAACAAGGCAACAACGCAGCUCUCAUCGGACGAAAAUGAAGAGAGUACUGAAGCCGGUAGCGGCAGAAAGAAGAAGAAAGCAAAGAUAGGUAGUAGGGGUGGUGAUAACUGUAGUGGUAGUUUCAACAGUUUGAAGGAGAUUUUGGAGGAGUUCAUGAGGCAACAGAUGCAAAUAGAUACACAAUGGAUGGAAGCGUUUGAGGCGAGGGAGAAUGAGAGGAGGCUGAAGGAGAUGGAAUGGAGACAAGCCAUGGAGGUGUUGGAGAAUGAGAGGAUAAUGAUGGAGGAAAGAUGGAGAGAAAGGGAGGAACAAAGGAGGAUUAGGGAAGAAGCUAGGGCUGAGAAGAGGGAUGCACUAAUCACAGCUUUGCUAAACAAGCUAGAGAGACAAGGAAUGUAGCAUAGAAGACUUGGUUGUACCAAACAAAAUUCAUUUCGAUAAUCUAUUCGCACUUGAAGAGACUAGUUAGUGUUUGAUUGUUGACAAGAAAAUACAAAUAGUGGGCUCCAAGAAAAAGGGAAGUGCUGUAGUUUAGUAGUUAGCUAGCUAGCCAAGUGGCCAACUAUAAUGUGUUUCCUCUUCUUCUCAUGAAAGGAAGCUUGAUUAUAGAGGUUUGUUCUUAGAAACUCAAUUUCUUAGAAAAAAUUAACUUUAUAGUAUACUAGUUCUUAUGAUUUUGUCCAGUUGUGGUUCCAUCUCUCUCCCUCCUGUUUUGCCCACUUGAGGCUUUCUAAUUUAGCCAAUGCAAAUAAAUAAGAACCAUAAUUUUUUGUUA